CCAGCAUCACUUGCCCGCCGUGAGGCCCUGCUCUUGCAAGUCGCAACCUAAAGGCGGAGAGAGACGAAGAGAGCGCUGGGUGGUGGAGCGUCUCAGGCGAGGAUCGUUGCGGUUUCAGGGGGUCUCCAGCCGCCAUGACUGAUUCUUUUGAUGAAGAAUCUGAGCCGACGGUUUCAAUCGAAGAGUACUUGAAGGAUGUGGAAGAACAGGAACUCGAAGCAGAUUUGGUUUUGGGUGGUGACGAGGGAAAGGAAUGCACAUAUAACAAUGGCUAUAUGAAAAGGCAGGCCAUCUUCUCUUGCUUGACAUGUACACCAGAUGGAAAUGCCGGGAUCUGCACUGCCUGUAGUUUGUCCUGUCAUGAUGGUCAUGAGAUUGUGGAGCUCUGGACUAAGAGAAACUUCAGGUGCGAUUGUGGAAAUUCAAAAUUUGGGGAGUUCUUCUGUAAGCUUCUUCCAGGCAAAGAUGUAGAGAAUCCAGAGAAUAGGUACAGCCACAAUUUCAGAGGUCUAUAUUGCUCGUGUGGGCGUCCCUUCCCUGACCCAGAUGCUCAAGAACAAGUGGAGAUGAUUCAGUGCUGUGUCUGCGAAGACUGGUAUCAUGAUGACCAUCUUGGUCUUGAGUCUUCAGACAUGAUUCCAAGAGAUGAGGAAGGGGAACCAAUUUACGAGGACUUUAUAUGCCAGGGCUGUGCAAGUGUUUGUUCUUUUCUAAUGUUGUAUCCUCCAAAAGUCUUUGCACCAGUCCCUCAGAAAGACAAGGCUAUAAUGAAGGAGAAAGAAGUGGCCGAGAAUGUUCCUCUAUCACUAGGAUCUUCAGAGGAGACUAAUGGAGCAAGUUCUUCAGAGAAAUGCAUUAUUGGAUUGAAAUUGAGUGAGGCUGCUUCUGCUGAUACAGAGAAAAGCAAACCGAUGUUUCUGUGCAAAAACUGGAGAGAAGCACUAUGCAGGUGCCCGAGCUGUGUGGACUUGUACAACCAGAAAGGAGUUGCCUUCUUGCUUGACAAAGAGGACACAAUUGCCGAGUACGAGGCAAUGGCAAAGCAAAAAAGGGAGAUGUUUUUGGAGAAGCAGGGCUCUGAGUUCCUUAACAAACUUGGCCACAUUGAGAAAAUGGAGAUCUUGACUGGCAUUGCUGACUUCAAGAAUGAGCUUCAAUCUUUUCUGGGGUCCUUGGAUCCAUCCAAGGUGGUUACUUCUGCCGAUGUCCACCAAAUCUUUGAGAAUCUUGCGAAGAAACGCAGACGGAUGGAAUAAGAGUUUGUGUGACACACUGAUACGGAGGGCCAAUUUAGACUUUUGUAGCCCUAGUACGCUUUGAUAUGUUUGUUAGAGAUCCUCGAAAAUGAUCCACAUUUCAAGUGCUUAGAUGUUUAGUGACUCUCAUAUGAAAGAACUGAACCAAGAAAGUUUUUGGGGGAAGUAGCUCAAGUCCCAUCCUGAUUUUAUGUAUUUCAUCUCAACAGCAGAGCUUAUAUUAUGAACUUGUUUAGGGAACCCACUGUUUCCAAACCAUCCACAUAAAGGACCUUGAUGCAAUGUCUAACAAGUUCAGACUGUGUAGGCAAAAUGCAACAAUCUCAGAACACCGUUUUGGAGAAGCAGGUAGGAGGUGCUUUUGCUUUCAGCUUUUGUGGAAAUCACUUUAUCCAUAAGUUAAUCACUCCCAAACACCCUCAUUGUCACAUUGCAACUGUCACACUAUUAUCUUUUGUCGCCAGUCACCAAAUUGUCGUCGCUGAUGUUGACCGGUGGUCCACUAAAGGUUGAUUGAUCAUUCAUCAUAGUGUUGUAUUACACAACAAUCACUUUUCUAUCACACUCACAACUAAAGCUGACAAAUGGGU